CCGAUUCCCUGUAAUAUAYCCUCGUGGCGAGCUAAGUCGAUUUAGUCAUAUUUGUCUGCCUGUAUAAGCAUACAUAUUUUUUAUACCACCCGAGUUCGAUUAUGGUCGGUUAUGGUAAUUGGAGGAUCGUUCAUUUUUCAAAUGGUCUUGCCAAGUUCGAUAUAAAGAAUGGUAUCGCUUUCACCUUCACCUGACAAAAUUAGUUUCAGAUACUUAAUUACUAUUGGAAAACCACUUUGGAUUGCACGGUAUUCUUUUGUCARCUGUUAGGUAUAAUAUUGUAGGAUAGGCAUUGAAAUUAAGGUCACAUUAUUUCUAAACAUUUCAAAUAAAUUAUUGUUUUUUUGUCGCCAUACUUCAUUAUAUAAAGAAUAAAUCCCUGGAAAAAGAUGCUCAGAUUGAUUUAUCCUUCAUUGUACCGYUGCAACAGCCGCAACAUAUUACACUUGGCGGCGAGAUUUGUCAGUGGUCCAGGCAAAGUGACCAGUGGCUCCGCUUGUGGCCCAAGUCCGGGUCCAUCCAAGAAGCCGAAUCCUGGUUUAGAAAAAAUUAAGCAAAUGCAAAAACUUUUCCAAAAGGAUGAUGGUAAACCGAUACAUCUGAAGGGUGGCAGCCGAGACCUAAUGCUAUAUCGUGCCACAUGGGGACUGGCGUUACUUGGAUUGCUGUUGCAAAUUCAUAUGUUCGCAAUGUAUAUAAUUUAUUGACAUUUGUAAUUUUUUUUUUUUUUUUGGUAAACAUUAACUUAUUUUACAUAAAUACAAAAAUGAAAAAGCGAACACUC